GAGAUCCUAUGGUAUGGGAGAUCUUAUGGUAUCUAAUGGCAAAUCGACUACAUUGUCUGCAGUGUGAAAUAAUUUUUAAUAUUGCAUUAAACUAAAAUAUCAAUGAAGUAUGAUUUGAGGAAACAGACCAUAGCUGUAAAAUCUUACGCCUUAACGAAAUAUUUUAAGUGCCUUUCACUUUCCCACACCCAUACAAUUGCCGGAGGAUGACCUGUUCAAAAUAAAAUAAAAACAUCCAAUCAAGGUGCAAAAUUUUGACUACAAAACUUUCCUUGUAGUUCAUUAGAAAAAUGGUACUCGAUACAUACAGAGGUAGUUUUCCAAAUCAUGUUUAUCGUGUAGGGAGCCACGUUACAUAAUGUCUAUGUAAUCCUCCUGGAAAAAUUAAUCUUGUGCAGUUUUCUGAAGGACAUGCGCGUCACAGAAAACGAUCUUAAUCUUAGAUCAAGUCAACGAAAAACUAGAACACACGGUACAUAUACAGUGUAUAUAUGUACUAGGAUAUUUGAUCAUACAUACAUCUGGGUCACUGUUUAAGUAGGCCAGAGCGCCAUAAAUGAGAGACUCUACGAAGGGUCAAUCAGAGCAGCAGUAUUGAUAGUAAGCAUGGGAGAAAGAGGGGAAUUUGGAUAUCUGAUGGAGUGGCUUGACAUUGGGGACGAGUGUUCUUCAAUGGAUCCAUUCCAGCUUGUGGAUGUGGAUGGGUCCCAUGAUGCCUCCCUGUGGGAAAGUGCUGCAGCAGCAUUGCCAACAAUGGGGAUGAUCCCUGAGCCUCACUUUCUCAUGGAGCCAUCUCUUAGCAGUAAUGAUUCACCCUGUCUAACUGGCCAUUGGGGGGAUGCGGAAGACAACAGUUUUAGGGCUGAUCCAAUCAAGAAUGAUAUAGAGGAUUUAGCCAAGGCAGGAAAGAAGAGAAAAAGAGGUAAACACUCUGCGAAUGCUAACAAUUCGGCCCUAGAUCAGCCUACCUCAGGGAAGCUACCAAAUGUCUUGGAGAACAAUGUAAACUCUCCCCACACAGGAGAGAGCAUCCACCAGGACGCCCACUUAUACUCUUCCCCAGAGACCACCAAGUUAGGUGCUCGUUAUGGAGCAGAGUCAGACAACCAAAUGGAUAUAGACAGUGCAAGUAAGAAAUGUAACAAUGGUGGGGGCAGCAACAACAACAACAACAAAGGCAAAUUGGGUGGACAACAGAAUGGUUCACCUAAUCCAUCGAAGGACUCAAGAUGGGCUGAACAGCUACUGAACCCAUGUGCAGUAGCCAUAGCCAGCAACAACAUUUAUCGCAUCCAACACCUCAUAUGGGUCCUCCAUGACCUGGCCUCGGCCUCAGGGGAUGCAAACCAUAGGCUUGCAGCACAUGGGCUGAAAGCUCUCACUGCUAAAAUCACACACUCAGGGAGCAUCUUCCCUUGCUCAGAAUUCCUCUCUGCAGAUCCCAAGUUGUUCUUUAAGGCUCUCCUCAAGUUCCAUGAGGUGAGCCCAUGGUUUCAGUUGAUCUACAAGAUAGUCAAUGGAGCUCUACUUGAGGCCUUCGAAGACAGGACCAGUGGGACUCUCCAUGUAAUAGAUAUUGGUGUUUCUCAUGGAAUGCAGUGGCCCACUUUUAUUGAAGCAGUGGCCCAAAGACCAUCUGGGCCUCCUAGUCUGCUAAAACUAACUGUUGUAUCAGACACACUGGGAGCACCCUUUUCUGCUGGCCCCCCAUCUAAUGACUUUGCUAACCGCUUGAAUUUGUUUGCAAAGACCUUAAACCUUAAUAUGGAGCUCAAUGUUGUUGCACAACCCCUUGAGUCACUCACCAAAGAAGUCCUUGGGGUUAAAGAUGAUGAAGCAUUGGCCAUUUGUUUGCAGUUCAGGGGUCAUCAACUCCUACAAGAGGGCUUGGACAAAAGUGAUGGCAAGGGCGACCAAUUAACAUCGCUCUCACCAAGGGACAAGUUUAUCCAGUUUGUAAGAAGCCUCAAUCCCCUCUUGUUUGUGUUGAGUGAGAAUGAUGUGGAUCAUUCAUCCCCUGAUUUCUUAGAAAGGUUUCAAAAGUCAGUGGACCAUCUAUGGAGAUUCUUGGACUCUACCAGUGCAUGUUUCAAAGGGAGGGAAUGUGAGGAGAGAAGGGUGGUAGAGGGGGAGGCAGCCAUGGCCUUGGUUAACAAUGCUGCCUAUGAUGAUGCCUCUCGUGUGGAGAGAAACGAGAUUCAUGCAAAAUGGGGCAAGAGGAUUAUGGAAAGGGAAUUUGUCUCUGACAUGCCUAGUGAUGAAAUAUUAGAAGGUGCAAGAAUCAUGCUUCGCAAACACGAUUCCAACUGGGAGAUGAGGUUGGAUGAGGGUUGUGUUUCUUUAUGUUGGAAGAAUAAUCCUGUCACCUUUUGCUCUAUGUGGAAGCUAUGAAUUCCACUUCAGAAAAUAUGGCUUGGAGAUGCUGGUGUUUACUACCUUGCCAAGAAUAGUCCCAUUGGAAACUUUGGGUAGUGUGGCCUACUUGAGAAGGUUCAUUGCAUAUUCAUGAUGUACAAAGAUACGAGUUCAUUUUUCAUGAUUUCCAUUAUCUUUAUUAUUAAAUUAAAGGUUUUAUAUACUCAUUAAAUA